AUGAAAUCUCAAAGUGGAGUGUCCUUGGGGCAUUUGACUCUUGGAUUCGAAGAGAUCUCCCCUCCAGAUGCUGAAUCUCCAAUAGAUGUUGACCAGAAUGCUACAGAUGCAGUCAACACAACAAAGGAGCAGGGCAUCAAUGUACCAAUCAUAGAUGUUGAUGUCCCAGAAUCCAGUGGACUACCCGCCAGUAAUGAGAGCUGGAACUGCAUUGGUGAGAAACUCACCAUUGCACUUUUACUUUUCCUAAAGCUUUUCCAGGAUAUUGAAGUUCCUAUUCAGGAUAUGGUGAAAGGUGAUCCUCUAGUGAUGCAUGAUACACCACGAGCAAGCAAAACCAUCCAAAGGGUAAUUCUUCUGGUAACUGAGUCCAUUCACAACAUCAUUGGAGCUUUCAGUCUAUCUCCUGACUACCCUCAAUGCCUGUCCUAUGAACCUGAUGUGUUCGUUCCUUCGCGUCUACUGGCUAAACAAUGCCCAACACCAGCAGAUUCUACACCAUCUGCAUCAGUUCCUCCGCCUCCACAUCCUUUCCCAAAUAUCAUGAAGAGGUUAGCUGCAAGAGAUUUUGAAGAUAUUCUACAGUGUGCUAUGCCUAUUUUUGAGGGCCUUUUUCCAGCCUCACAUGAUGCUACAAUACAGACCUUGUUAUUCAGGUUUGCUAAAUGGCAUGCAUAUGCAAAGAUGCGACUACACACUGAAGCAGCUCUUGAUUCCAUGUCACAGGCGUUGACUUCCCUUACUCGGCAGUUACAAAAGUUCCGGCAUCAGGUCUGUGAUGUAUACAACACUUUCGAACUGCCGAGGGAACAGAACACAUGGCAGCGACAAGAAGCAUGCAGCGAACACCAGAAUACUGGUGUGCCUUCAUCCUCUCCGAAGAAGAAAUCAUUCAAUAUGAAAACCUACAAGUUUCAUGCUCUAUGA